AUGUUUCAAAUUAUUCAUUAUUUAAAAUUGAAUUAUAUUGACGUCCACAAAGCUGAGAUUUGUUUUCAUGAAUUUUGCCUCGCACCAAUAGAGGCUUUAGGCAACGGACUUCCCGGACGUGCCGUUCUACAUGGAGACAAUGUAUUGGAAAACGUGAAGAGAUUAGAAGUUGCAGGCACUAUAGGAAUUCUAAAGGUCCACUGCAAUACCAUGUYUAGUCCCAACGAAGUCAUCUCAAUGGAAGAAACAAGUGAAGAGGAAACGAAAAGACUUCAAGAAAAAGCCAAGAAUGGUCCAAGAGGUCUAUUACUUAAUCUGGAUGACGAGACCCACAACGAGUUUCCACUAGCAGUUCUAAACCUCGUUGACUUAUGCGAACUUCAUUUAUCCAUUGGUAAUCUGUCAUCCAUUCCUACCUCUAUAUGUACACUCCAGUCGCUCAAGGUUUUGGAACUAAGGAAUCAUGAUUUCAAAAUGUUCCCAGACGCUGUUUGUGGUAUAACCAGUUUAGAAGUUGUUGACUUAUGCGGGAACAAUAUCUCCUCCGUACCAAGUGAAAUAACAAAUCUUGUUAACCUGAAGAAGCUUGUUCUUCAACGUAACGAACUAGAAGGAGAACUCAGUGAGAGUAUCUCUUCUCUCUGCAAUCUCCAGUAUUUAGAUGUGUCAAAGAAUUCAUUGACAACAAUUCCAGAAUCCUUUGAAAAACUUUGUGGACUCCAGCAUCUCAUACUGUCAGGAAAUUUGUUUACACGUUGCCCCGAAGUUGUUAAAAAGCUGACUGAAUUAAGGACUCUGGACAUUUCUUAUAAUGACCUAAAGGAGUUUAGCAUUGACAUUUCUGGAUUGAGACUACUGGAGAAUCUGGAUCUGGAAUCCACCAACUUGACAGUAGUCUGCGAUGUUGUAUGCACGUUGACUAGCCUUAGGAGGCUGGACCUGGGAUUGAAUAAGCUUGAAACCAUCUCGGAGAACUUCAGCAAACUAACCAAACUUAAAGCGCUAUGGCUUAAUAACAACAAUCUGACAAGCUUUCCUACUGUGCUUUGUGAACUGCGAUCUCUUGAAAACUUGAGUAUAUCCUACAACAACAUCAAGUCACUGCCCAAUUCAAUAGGAUAUUUAGAAAACUUAAAAAUGCUUGAACUAGACAACUGCGGUUUAGAGAAGAAAAUGCCCYUGGCAAUUUGCAUGUUAAAAAGCUUACAGCUUCUUUCGCUUGCCAAUAACAACCUUACAAAGUUGCCCCCAGUACUUCGAACAGCCCUUCCGAAUCUCUCCUUCAUCAACCUGGAAAACAACGUCAACUUAGUAAUGCCACCGUUUUCUAUCUCAAAGAGAGGUAUCAAAGCGAUAUUCAACUUCAUUGAUGAAACGGAGAGCAAGAAAACCAUYUAUCACAAAGUUGUCCUUUUAGGAAAUGUGAAAGCUGGUAAAACUAGCUUAGCAAAAACUAUGAUCCGCAGCAGAUCCCAUCUAAGUGAAGACGAAGAUAGAACAGUAGUGCUAGACCGUAUUUUGUGGACACCAGAAGAGAACCUGAGCCUUCAGGUUUAUGACUUUGGGGGAAGUGAGUGGUACGGCGUUGCGCAACAUUUCUUUCUUGAGAGAAAUUCAAUAGUUCUCCUGGUUGUAAACCUCAAAGAUUACAGUGAGACAACGUACAUUGAUUGUGUUGAAAAAUGGUUGAAGGUCAUCCAGGCCAGAGCACCUGCUGCCAAGCUCUUCCUAGUAGCCACUCACAUCGAUCUUCUCUCGAAAGAUGAAGUUAAAGUCAAGCAAGACAGCAUUCUUAAAUUAAUGAGAGCACGAGAAAACUGUGAGAUAGACCACGUCCACAAAGAGAUCGCACGGUUACAGCAAGAUCAUGGAAAAGAAGCUGAAAACUCGGUUAACCGAUUACAGACGUCUUUGAAAGAUCGCCUCGAGCUGCCGGAUAAAGUGUACACUGUUUCGUCCACAGAGAGCCUCCAAAAUAUUGACGAACUCAAGCAAGAUCUUUUGAGAACAGCGAAAUGUAUUGGUGGCGAUAUCCCCACCGCCUGGCUUCGAUUGUACGACGUGCUGCAUAACUYAGAGCUUGCGAAGAAAAAAAAUUUUCUGACGAUACAAGAAGUCGCUAAGUUGGACAAGGAAGGCUAUGAAAAGUUCCAAGCCAAACACAUUCUCAGCCCAGACUUCUACCGGAAGCAUCCCCCACUUCAGCAAAGCGUUUCCGUGAAAGUUAGACCAGUCAGCCGAGAUACGACUCCACGUCGAAAGAUUUCUGAUCACACCAACCCACUAGGAUCUCUCCCAACAGAAAAUGAUGAAAGGAGCAUGCGCAGAAUGCAAAGAUUGGAAAUGGUGGAUGAAGCAAAUAACGGGCACCAAACUCGGCUGUCCUCUGAUGUACCCUCUGCUACAAUGACAAGGAUUUACGAUGUCUUGUCAUUUUUCCAUAGUAUUGGUGACGUCCUUUGGUAUGAAGGGAAUUCUCAAAUUCGGAAUUUUGUCUUUCACAAACAGUCGUUCAUCAUAGAUUUAAUGAAAGGCAUUUUUUCUCGUGAAUGUCUAGUAACUGAUAUCCCACAGCAGCUGCACAUCAGUUUGACUCAAGCAAUGUCCGACAAGUCCCUGCAAAGUGCUAAGGAGGAUUUGAACUCCAAAGGGAUUCUGUCUGUUGGUCUUCUUAAAGGGAUGCUUGUCCAUUUGAAUCUCAAAGACAAUCUGAUCAAUGCAUUCAUGCAACUUCUCAUCCACUUUGGUUUGUGUUUCGCUGAUGAGAUUCAAGAUGGUCGCCUUACUAAGCUUCAUUUUCCAUGGUUUCUAAGCGAGUCGCCGCCUUUGGAGUCAUCUCAUAUGCUGGAAAAGCACCCACUGGAGAACUAUUAUCAAUUUACUUUGGAAUACGACUUCCCACUGGGUAUUCCCAGAGCGCUCUUUGAAACCACAUCGGUCCGAAUCCACGGUAUUAUCCACGAUAAAGUCAGCAUUAAGCACUGGAAGAGUGGUGUUUAUGCACGUCUUCAUCACAGCAAAAUCCUUCUUCACCGAUCAAAAAGUCCACAAUCUGAAACCAUCAGUUUUUCCGUCAAGGGAAAAGAUGUUGAUGAGUUGUGGAGAAUCCUUGAACAGUUGAAUGCUCUGUUCAAACGACUAUUAGCCAACUGGCCAGGUAGUCUGUUUGAGAUGUGGUUAGUUUGUCCCCAUUGUACUUGCAAAGGCGCCAAAAAUCCAAAUCGCUUUCAAGGAGAAAACAUCGAGAGGUGUUGCCCACAAGAUGAGGAGUACGUCACGUGUUACCGAGAUGGCCAAAGUUACGAUGUACCAGUUAACCUAGUUUAUCCAGUUCUUGCUUCAGUUUAUGACGUCUCAGAAAGUCAAAUUCUUACAGUUGCCAAAAUGAUUACCAAGAACUGGCGCUCACUAGGGCGCUCACUGGGGCUAGACGAAUACGAGCUAGAGCACAUUGAUUACGACAAUCGAGACCUUCGCGWAAAGUCCGUCCAAAUGAUGCGACAGUGGCAAAGAACAAAGGGUAAAAAAGCCAAUCUAAAAAAACUAAUUUGGGCGUUGGAAUCCAUGGAUCCACCGCAACUGCACAUUCUCGAUGAACUUAACAUUUCUAGAGUGAGAGACGAAGAUGACUUCCAGCCUGGCUCACCUCCAGAUCUCUCUCUUCAUAAUAGAACUUUUUAAGUUUUUAAGAGCUGGAACUUGAUCAAAAUUGGAAAAAAAUGUAUAUAGCUAUUUCAGAAAACGUUGAAUACUGUAUACUCCAUAAUGCAUUACAACACCGCAAUGCAUUGUUGCUAUUAAAUUUCAYGUUAGCUAUGUUACAACAAUACAAUUCUAAAAUUUUAAAUUGCUUUCCAUUGAAGUUUCUUGACCUUGCGGAGCCGGUAUAGUCACUCUGAAACCAGGAAAACUCCUGUUGAUCUGCRAUAGAACAUCCGACCAUGCAUUUCGGUUUUGGAAUGCACUAUCUUCAGUAUUCAACGUAUUCUGAAAUAGCAAUAUGCAUCUAGGAAUAAAAGAAAAGGGCUAAUUGUCUUUUUUUAAUUAUAGACAUUUAUUACACACUUAAAUACACGCACAUAUCUAGCAAAGAUAAAUGUACAUAUUCACUGGCUAAUGUAUAUUUAUAUAUAUAUAUAAAUUGUUUACUUUACAUGUAAUGAGGAAACAAUGCAGCUUGUAACAUGAGAUGGGAAGUAUACAUACAUUUAUAUUAGAGUGGUGACCUGUGAAUGUAACUACAAAUGGACACAAAAGAAAGCAAACGCAAUUAGAGUGUACUAGGAUGUACUCAGUCGAAUCAAUAGUUUUUGCCAUUACUCUAUUGGAGGAGUUACCGUAAACCUGUGAAAUACUUAUGCUAGACUUAUAUAAUUUUGCAAUGCAUUGUUGUCCUACUUGACGAUCACACCUUUAGUGUUAGAUUUUAUUUCAAGGACUUAGCAUGGCUUAAAGUGAGAUCCAUACACCCGUGAAACAAAAAAA